AUGUACAUGGACGCCCUCACCCUCGCCAUCUCCUACAAGGGCACUCUCAUGGGAUACGUCGCCUCCUCUAACCUGAUUAUGGCCCGAGGGCUUACUCGUCCCCAGUCCACCCUCAAGGGUCUUGCUAUUACGUCCAAGAUGAUGUCACGCUACGUUGGCAACGUGGUCACCGACACUAUUGCCACUGGUUUCGAGGUCAAGCUCGACGGUGUCAACUCGAUCGAGUGGCUGUCGACUGCUGUCAAUGCAGUUCAAGUUGACUGUUCCUCUUCAGUGCCCUUACCCCUGCAGCUCAUCAAAGACAAGAAUCUCUUAUAA